AGGUGCCGUCCCACAAUACCAGGCGGGCGGGCGGGUAGGCGCUUCGUAUCCGGGCUGCGAGGGGUUCCGAUCUCCUCGGCGGACCUGGCUGCUGCCUCUGUCUCUUUAACGCGAGAGGAAGCGAUGCGGAGGGGUGGAAAAUGGCAGAGCUGCAGAUGUUACUAGAGGAGGAGAUCCCGUCCGGCAAGAGGGCGCUGAUCGAGAGUUACCAGAACCUGACGCGGGUGGCGGACUACUGUGAAAACAACUACAUCCAGGCUGCAGACAAGAGGAAAGCUUUAGAAGAGACCAAAGCCUACACAACCCAAUCCCUAGCUAGUGUUGCUUAUCAGAUAAAUGCAUUGGCCAACAAUGUGCUCCAAUUGUUGGACAUCCAGGCGUCUCAGCUUCGGAGAAUGGAGUCUUCCAUCAACCACAUCUCCCAGACUGUGGACAUUCAUAAAGAGAAAGUGGCUCGAAGAGAGAUUGGUAUUUUGACAACAAAUAAAAAUACAUCGAGAACUCACAAAAUAAUAGCGCCUGCAAAUAUGGAGCGCCCUGUAAGGUAUAUACGGAAACCUAUUGACUAUACAGUUUUGGAUGAUGUGGGCCAUGGUGUCAAGUGGCUAAAAGCCAAGCAUGGAAACAACCAGCCUGCAAGAACUGGCACACUGUCGAGAACAAAUCCUCCUACUCAGAAGCCACCGAGUCCUCCCAUGUCAGGCCGGGGAACGUUGGGACGAAAUACUCCUUAUAAAACCCUGGAACCUGUUAAGCCCCCAACAGUUCCUAAUGACUACAUGACGAGUCCUGCUAGGCUUGGAAGUCAGCACAGUCCAGGCCGGACAGCUUCUUUAAACCAGAGACCAAGGACACACAGUGGAAGUAGUGGAGGAAGUGGAAGUCGAGAAAAUAGUGGAAGCAGUAGUAUUGGCAUUCCCAUUGCCGUGCCUACACCUUCACCACCCACCAUUGGGCCAGAAAACAUUUCUGUCCCUCCUCCUUCUGGAGCUCCACCAGCACCUCCUCUUCCACCACUUCUCCCAGUGAACACUGUGAUAGCAGCCCCGGGCUCAGCUCCUGGCUCCCAGUAUGGCACAAUGACCAGGCAGAUCUCUCGACACAACUCUACCACUUCUUCAGCAUCUUCUGGUGGAUACAGACGAACUCCUUCUGUGACCGCUCCAUUUUCUGCUCAGCCUCAUGUUAAUGGAGGUCCACUUUAUUCUCAGAAUUCAAUUUCUAUUGCUCCACCCCCUCCCCCCAUGCCUCAGCUGACUCCACAGAUACCUCUCACAGGCUUCGUGGCCAGGGUGCAGGAAAACAUUGCUGAUAGUCCGACUCCACCGCCACCACCUCCGCCAGAUGACAUCCCCAUGUUCGAUGACUCCCCGCCCCCGCCACCCCCACCGCCAGUGGAUUAUGAAGAUGAGGAGGCUGCAGUAGUUCAGUACAGUGACCCCUAUGCAGAUGGGGAUCCUGCUUGGGCCCCCAAGAAUUACAUUGAAAAAGUUGUGGCAAUAUAUGACUAUACAAAGGACAAGGAUGACGAGCUUUCAUUUAUGGAGGGUGCGAUCAUUUACGUAAUAAAGAAGAAUGAUGACGGCUGGUACGAAGGAGUCUGCAAUCGAGUGACUGGUCUGUUCCCUGGGAACUAUGUUGAGUCAGUCAUGCACUAUACCGAUUAAAUUGUUUGCUUUUAAAGCAGGUUAUUAUUCAAGUCAUACUGUGGGACGAUGAUGGCUAAUGGAAUUGUCUUAAACUGUUUUAAAAUGUGCCCAUCUUUCCAGGACAUGCUGUUUUAUUGAUGUAAUUGAACGUCUUCCUGUAAGCAUAAAACUUUCGAGGCAGUUUGCGCAUUGCUAGAGAGCAGUUCGUCUAAGAGGCUGUCCACCACUGAUUAUGCUUAUAUACUUAGACACUGAUGACUUUAUGACCAGCCUAAAUAUUCUGGGGGUGUGGGGUAUGCUGUUUCACAAAUCAUGAUUCAGAUUGUACCAUUACAUGUUUCAGUGCAGCAUGGUUUACUAAUGCUAUGUCAGACUAAUAUUAAAAUCAGAGAAUUUAAAUGCUGGUGCUGGUCAUACUUUUGUUGAGACUCUCAUUCUUGAAAUAAACUAUUUGUUUAAAGCAUGCAUACCAACUCAUGUAAAUGAAAUACACUUUGAAAAAAAAAAAUCCAAGAUGCUUCCAAUUUGUGGAAUAUGUGCUGGGAGUACUUGUACUUAGGUCUCUUGACAUGAAUUGAGUCUCUCAGGUCUCCAUGCAAAACAGAACAAAGGGUUAUCUGUAAUGUUGUAAUUUGUACCUAAGUUUUUUAAUGAGUGAAUUUGCAUUAAAUUUUUUUGCCCAUUCGUAUAUACAUAAGUGAACCAAAGGUUUUUGUCCUUUCCUUCACUGGUUUGCUUUUGAAAAUAAUAAAUGAUACUGAUUUAUUGUAAAUGACAGUUCUAUUUUCUCAACAUAUUAACUUGGAAAAACAUUUUAGCCUUAUUUUAGUCUGUCCCAACAGCACCGUGACUGAUUUUUUUGCAGAUUUAAAAUCUGAAUCGUUAUUUACAAGUCGAUCUACUGAACUUUUUCCUAAAGUAACUUUUUCAAAGCUAUGAAAAUGUGUCCAAGUAUGCACAUUCCAUAAAACUCUGAAAGGACCACUGUACUUAAGUGAUGCUUCAAGUUUUCCAGUGGACUCUUCUAUGCUAAUCCAAAUGAGAGGAAAUUACAAAUCUCUUUCUCAAAUUGUUUCAUAGGAGCGGGUAUAAUUGGUUCUUGAGAAUAGGCACUAUUUAAUUUAUUGCUUGGCACGAGCAACAUAAAAAGGCUUAAGAGUAAAGUAAGUGGGGUAACGGGGGGCAUGUAUUAAGUCAGUAGAGUAUGUGCCUGCUCAAAUCUCUCUGCUUUUGACCUAACUGAACUGCAACACGUGCACUUUGUGUCGCUCCUCUUAAUAUAAAGGAGGUGCAGAGGGUGGUUCUCUUAUUUUGUGUAUGAUUCUGUACUGUCUAGGAUAUUAAAGUAGAGCACUCAAAAAUGUGGGUUUGUGUGUACUGAAGAUUUGUUUGGAUCUUAGUUACGUACUAGGCGUCACAGCCUUUCAUCAGCAUAGUGAGUGGUAAGACUAGUGCAAAACAUUUGUUUCUGAAAAUUAAAGACCAUUAUCAGAUGAGUGUGACUGUUGCCAUAUGCAUUUUGCCUUUUGUUAAUUUUUAACAUGAUUCCAGUGUCCCUAGUUAUCAGCUGCCUAAUUUUGUUUCAUUUUCCCAGUGGAAUGUUCUCUUAAUUUUGUAUAUAACCUGUUGUCUAAAUUUUACGUACAGUUUUAUAAUAAACCACUCUCCAAUAAGAA